AUGCCUUAUGAAUGUGAUGUUUGUAAGAAGAAAUUUCACAAUCAGGUAAUUUAGCAUCACAUAAACGAACGCAUAGUGAAGACAAGCCUCAUGAAUGUGAUGUUUGUAAGAAGAGAUUUAAAAGAUCAGAUUAUUUGAUAAAACAUAAGAGAACACACACCGGAGUCAAACCUUAUAAAUGUGAUGUUUGUAAGAAGGGGUUUACACAAUCGGGUCAUUUAGCUUUUCAUAAAAGAACACACACUUAUGAAUGUGAUGUUUGUAAGAAGAAAUUUGUAAAAUUAAAUGGUUUAGCAAGCCAUAAAAAAACACACACUGGAGACAAGCCUCAUGAAUGUGAUGUUUGUAAGAAGAGAUUUAUACUAUCAUGUACUUUAGCAAGGCACAAAAAGCAGCAUUUGUUUUGCAAUAGUUGCCGCAAGGAGAUUAUUGAACCACAAGAUUGUCAAGGACACUUUAUCGAGGAUCAACGCAUUAUUAGAAAAUACGCUUGUCAGAAAUGUAACAAACGAUUUUCUAAUUUUAUGAAGUUGGUUCAACAUAUAGCAAGACAACAUAGCAAUGAUGGGAUCUAUCAAUGUGCUUUAUGUCAAGAAUUUAAAUCAAAAGAACCAACUGGUGUUGGAUAUGUUUGUUGUGUUUGUGAUGUUGUGUUUGAUGUUCCCAGAGAUCUUGAAGAUCACAUGGUCACCCAUGAUUCAAUCUGA